AUAUGAACCUUAUAUUGUGACCUUAUCCCUCUCCAAUUAGCUGCCAAAAUUGGCCCAACAUACAUGUCGAUUUCCGAUUUCCAAUUCUUGAUCUAAUCGACACUCAACAAACGUAUCCAAACAAACUCCCUUUUCUAAAAACAAAAAAUUAAAUCUUGAAUUGCCCCUUUAAUAUUGUUUGGAAGAAAAACUUGUUUGGGGGCAAUUCAAUCUUGAAUUAUUAUUGGGUGCUGAAAAUUGUUUAAUUUGUGUUAUAUCCACUGGCCAUGCGACUGUGGUUUUGUGUGAUUUGCCUCUCAAGAGAGGACCUUAGCAAUAAAGUUCAAGUCUUUGAUAUCUAUUCACCUGUUUUACUUAGAUUUAGCAAUGGGCGUUGAUACUCAUGGCCCUACUCCCAAAGGUGUUCUUUGCAAUGCUGGUGCUGGUGCUGCUGCUGGAGUAAUUGCGGCUACAUUUGUGUGCCCUUUAGAUGUUAUUAAGACUAGGUUGCAGGUUCAUGGGCUGCCAAAGCUAGGAAGUGCUAAUGUUAGAGGUAGUCUUAUAGUUGGAAACUUGGAGCAGAUAUUUCAAAGGGAGGGGUUGCGUGGAAUGUACAGAGGGCUUUCCCCAACAGUGCUAGCAUUACUUCCAAACUGGGCGGUGUAUUUUACUAUAUAUGAACAGCUGAAAAGCUUUCUUGGCUCAGAUGAUGGAAAUCAUCAACUUUCGGUAGGUGCAAACAUGUUAGCUGCUUCCGGUGCUGGAGCGGCAACCACAAUUGCAACAAAUCCUCUGUGGGUUGUGAAGACACGUCUUCAGACUCAAGGAAUGAGAACAGGUUUUGAGCCUUACAGGGGUACAUUAUCUGCUUUAAGGAGAAUAGCGUAUGAAGAGGGCAUUCGUGGGUUGUACAGCGGUCUGGUGCCUGCUUUGGCUGGUGUUAGUCACGUAGCUAUCCAAUUUCCGACUUAUGAGAAAAUUAAGAUUUACUUGGCCAAGCGAGCUAACACUUCAACGAAUAAACUUGGGGCCCCUGAUGUUGCCGUUGCAUCAUCAGUUUCCAAAAUAUUUGCUUCUACAUUGACAUAUCCACAUGAGGUUGUACGUUCGAGGCUUCAAGAACAGGGGCGCCACUCUGAAAAACGGUACUCUGGUGUAGUUGACUGCGUCAAGAAAGUCUUUCAUCAAGAAGGCAUCGCAGGCUUUUACCGAGGCUGUGCAACAAACCUAAUUCGGACUACCCCUGCAGCUGUUAUCACAUUUACCAGUUUUGAGAUGAUUCACCGCUUCCUUGUAACCUUGUUUCCCCCUGAUCCUCAUCCUCACCCAUUGUAGGAUGUCAUGAUGACUUGGGGAUUCACCAUAGUAAGGCAGUUUAGUUCAUCAAGUCCCUGAGCGGGGCUGCUGAUUCGUCUGCAGCGAUCUCUUCAUCGGCUGUGUAUCUUAUUUCUUGUUAGCUGUCAUAGCAACAUAGAAAAAUCAUUUUGGUCAUUGUGAAACAAAUUUGCUAUACCAUUCUUACACUGACAUUGAUGAUGAUGACGACGAUGAUAAAAGGAGUUGAAAUGUAGGAAGACUAGAAAUUAUAGUGAGCUUUGAGAUAUUCAAUAUUAGAAAAACUGUUGAGUGCA